CGAGGCAGAUCGUCAUCAGACAUGUUCGGGAAGAUUAUCCUAGCACUUUCGGCUCUGGCCUGGGCCAGUGCCCAGAUUCCUAAUCUCGGUUUCUGUCCGGAAUAUAUACCCAUGGCGAAUUUUAACAGACAAAGGUUCAUGGGUAUUUGGUAUGAAGCAGAAAGAUAUUUCCAGCUUAGUGAAGUAGUAUCUCGAUGCGUUAUGUCGAAUUAUACGAAAGGUGUGUAUGGGAAUUUCAUUAAAAAAUAAUGGGAUUUUAAUAUAAUAUCUCUGACAUUUAGCACUGGCGUAAAGAGGAUACUGGAAGGUGAAAUUAAGCCCGCGGCUUCCAAAGCCGAAGAGGGUAAACUUCAAGUCAGGUAUACCACAGUUCCACUGACUCCCGAGACUAAAUACUCUGUACUCGAAACGGAUUACGAUUCGUACGCUGUUUUAUGGAGCUGUCAAGGUAUUGGCCCGGUCCACGCACAAAAUGCAUGGGUCAUGACGAGAGAACGAGUACCGUCCGGAAAAGUGCUUCAAAAGGCUUAUGGCGUUCUUGAUAAAUACAAAAUAUCGAAAACGUUCUUCGUGAAAACCGAUCAAGCGGAAUGUGCCUAUUUGGAUUCGACAACGGAGGAGUCUGAGGAGCCUGAGCAGGCAAAGCCAGAGAAGUCGGAGAAGCGAAAACAGAGACCACAACCAAUUGAGCCGAAUGAGAGUUCCAGAUCAUCCGUCGCUCUGAAUGAUGCCGAUACUGAGAUAAAGGAGAAGGAGGAAUCAACAGCCGGGAUUAUGGGCGAGAAAGCGCUCUCCGAUAUUCCGAAGAUAAUAGCGGAGGAACCCGUAAAGCUCGAGCAGCCCAUCGAAACUGUUCCCGAACGGAUCUUGAAGUUAGCAGAGACGAUAAAGGAGGAGAGUGACGACACAAGGGAUAAAAUGAUCAUUGUCGAGGUCAGGGAGGAGAACAUCGCGGAAAAUACAAAGGAGGAAAAAAGCGAACAUUCGAAAAAACCAGAAGCAAUUGCCUAGAAGUAUUAUUUAGCAAAAAAAGUCUGUUAGUUGGCGCUAGCAGGGAUGUAUUCCUGGGGAUUUUCGAUGUCUUAGGCUCGUAGCGGUUUCCUCAUUGAGAACCAGUCUCGCUUAAGUACCGUAAAAUCAUUAAUCACUUGUUCCAUCGACAUGCUGUCGUUCUACGUUGUCGUUUGAGGACAUAGGGUUGACACGGCGCUUUGUUUUAUAGGCUUACGUACAAAUGUAAAAAAAAAAAAGAAAAGAAACAAAGAUAAAUAAAAUUGUUAUAAAAAAUGUCUUAAUAAAA